AUGAUUAUCAGGGUCUUGGCAAUAUGGGUCGCAUUGUUUCCCGGGCUUUCGGUGCAGGGACGUAAUGAAACUCUGCCACUUGGUCCUAGCAGAGGUAGUUCUCAAGGGCUAUUAACUACAACUCCUUGCGAUGCCACAGAAAUUUCAAAAACGGCUCUACAUCUGACGAAGGAAUCAUACUCGGAACCCCGAGACAGUCUCUCAAUCCUACCUUCAACACGCCCUCCACCAGGAGCCCAAAGUUCAUUCACUACGCUCGUCUCUGGGUCGUCGAGUCCCUGCGAGUCGUCGUCGAUUCCGAUACGCUCUAAACCAUACAAAUCCCCUGCGUCCGAGGCCGCACCAAGCUACGUGGUGGUCUCACCUCCGGUAUAUGUACCUCAGGCUACGACAUCUUGUAGUACAUCGGCUCUAUCGCCAUACCCCUCUCAUGCAAUCGCCCAGUCAUCUAGUCAGUUUACGCCGUCGUACAUGUCAACGUCAAUUGUCCCAUCGACACCCACAUCAGUUGGCACAUCUGCCGCAACUGCUUCUUUCCCCUCUCGUCCGCUAGUCACACAAUGCAUAGAGCAAACUCCUUUUACCAUAACUGUAACAAGUGACAUUAAGACAAAAUGGAAGCAUGUGAUUACCUCUUUUGUCACUGUUUAUCAGACGACUUUCGUCACAAGUCUCCAGACAUUAUAUAGGGACAAAUCCCCUGUCACAGCUUUUACUACUACGAAAACAUUGCCGGCGUCAACAAGCAUCCAAACCACAACAUUACCUCCGUCUUUGGUAUGCCAAGCUGGAACAACACAUGUUACAAAUUUCAACUAUGGCAACUUCACAACCACAAUUGGCUGUUGUAAUAAAACGCAGAGUACCUCGAGGACGUAUCAAUGUCCCAGCUUUUGCCCUUACACGCAAUCAACACCUUGCAUACAAUCCACAACAACAAAACUCCUUCCUCCAGUUUUCUUCCCUCCAACUACCGUCACUAGUACCAGCAUCUUUACCACGACUACAACUGCUCCCGCGGGGUCUGUGGUAACGAUUCUACCCACGACGUGCGUGCCCUCUACAGUUACAAUAAGUGGAAGCUGCACAUCUUCUAAUUCGCCUAUCCUGGUCCCAACAACAAUAACAUCAACGGAGUCUGCGUCAUCCUGCUAUUCGUUUACAGUUCCAUCCCCAAUUUCCUGCCCGACAGUAUCAGCAUGCACAUCGGCCACUGUCUUUGUCCCAGCAAGCUGCUCAUCUUCAACACCAUCGAUAUGCCCUCCCGCAAUAGCUUGUUUAUCGUCAGUAAGCUGCUCACCAACAAUAGUAUAUAGCACACUAUAUACUACUACUGGGCCAUCAGACACGAACAGCUGCACUUCUUGCCCUGGUAACCCGCUACCACCGAUCAGCACUAUAAUCUCUACUGUCACAUUUACCCAGCCUAAUAAUGGUGUUAUAACUUCAACAACCACGCUUGUCCAAACCGGUAUAACCUCUGUUACUCCCACACAGUCUGGAAUUAGCAGUACGAUAACCUCAGUCGCCACACCCACAGGCCCUGAAAACAACAGCGCCAUAACCGUAACGAGCACCGUCACAGGCUCCUGCAACAGCACCGUGCCGCACCCCUCAGAAACAACAACCCCAGUCAUCGAGCCAUGCAAGCCGUGCAGAGAUUACUUCAUUCUUUUCAUCCUCUUUCUUAUUCUCUUUGUCAUCACUUUACUCUUGCUUAUCGGCAGCACACUAUAUUGGUGGAGAUUAAGGCAUAGGUGUAGAUGCUUUACAUGCCAGAUGAUAGCUGAUCAAUGUGCCUGUCCUGGUGGACCGUUACUUGGUAGUGCUGCCGGGGCUGCAACUGGGGCUGCAACUGGGGCUGCGGUCGGCGGCUCAGGGGCAGCCGCACCGGCAGCAUCUGGAGGUGGAUAUGGGAGCUCAAGCGGUACUGGGCCACCUGCACCGAAUCCCACACCGGGACCAAGUAGCGGAGGUUAUGGUACGGCGUAUUGA